AGCCAUGCCCGAUAAAGACGCCUCGACCCCUCGUGUCUUCAUCCUCCGCCACGGCGAAACAGAGUGGUCAAAGAGUGGCCAAUAUACCGGCAAAACCGACAUCCCAUUAACCUCCCACGGCGAAGCACAAGUCACAGCUACAGGCCGGAUGGCUUACGGUCCAGGAAAACUCAUUGAUCCGGCGAAAGUCGCAAAGGUGUACCUCUCCCCUCGCACGAGAGCGAUCAAGACGUAUGAGCUGUUGAGCGGGAGAACAGAGGGGUACGAGAUCGAAGAAGGGUUGGCAGAGUGGGAUUAUGGUGAGUACGAAGGCAUCAAAACCGACCAAAUCCGCGCCAAACGCACGGCAAAAAAUCUCGACACGGAGAAGCCAUGGGACAUCUGGCGUGAUGGCUGUGAAGGCGGCGAGUCACCCGCUCAGGUGACGUCCCGCAUCGACGCCAUCAUCUCCAAGAUUCGCGCCUUCCAUGCCGAACACAUGACCUCCUCGGAACCCAAGGAUGUAAUCAUCGUCGCCCACGGCCAUCUCACGCGAGCGUUCGCAAAGCGGUGGCUGGGCUACCCAUUGGAAUUCCCACUAAGUUUGAUGAUGGAGCCGGGUGGGGUGGGGAUUUUGAGUUAUCAGCAUCAUAGCAUUGAUGAGCCGGCGAUGUUAUUAGGGAUCGGGUUUCCUGUUGCGGAGUGA